AUGGUCCUGGUUCCCGAGGCCAAGGACCAGAGCAAGGCAGCCAAGGGCAGGAGAAGGGCCCUGGCACGGCCACCAACAGCCCCCCCUGCCCUGGCCUGGGCCCCAGAUGACCCCUACACCAGCAUGGCAGAAUACGAGCACAGCAUCCAGGACAUGGUGCGCCAGCUGAGGAAUGGCUCCGAGCCAGGGGACGCCAAGUGCCAGGUGAACCUGAGGCUCUGGAGGUCCAACCGGAGGAGCCUGUCCCCCUGGGCCUACAGGAUAAACCACGAUGCCACAAGGAUCCCAGCAGACAUCCCCGAGGCCCGGUGCCUCUGCACCGGCUGCAUCAACCCCUUCACCAUGCAGGAGGACCGCACCAUGGCCAGCGUUCCCAUCUACAGCCGGCUGCCCGUGCGCCGCCCGCUCUGCCCGGGCCCGCCCGAGCUGGGGCACAGGACCUCAGGCAAGAAGAAGUGCCACAAGAAGUACCAGAUGGUGAUGGAGACCAUCGCUGUGGGCUGCACCUGCAUCUUCUGA